AUGAAUCUUCGUCUUGUCGUAUUAAUAGGAAUCAUUCUUACUUGUUUCUCGUAUACAAAUUGUACAUUUAAAUAUUCAACUGAAUCAUAUCAUUCACUUUAUAGUACAGUUGGUAAUCCAAAUAUAUCACCUGAAUAUGAUUGUGCACUUCGAGCAUUUACUAUUGAAAUGGCUGCAUAUAUUGCACCUCCAGCUGUAAAAACGAAUUGGACAACACUUACUCAAAGUGCUUUUCAAAUGAAUCAAUGUAAUAAUACUUUAUAUUCUACUUAUCAAUCAUAUAAUCGUCAUCAUAAAGCAUUCAAUAAACCAUUAAAAACAAAUCAACAAACUUGUUAUCAUAAAAUAUUUGUACAUGAUAUAAAAGGUAAUGAUUUAUUUGAUGGAACAUUCGAGCAACCAAAAAAAACUAUACAAGCAGCAUUAUCUUUAACACGUAUUCUACGUACUGGCUAUGGUAAUGAAAAUAUAUUAUGUAUUAUUAUACGUGGUGGAACUUAUUAUCUUGGAACAAAUGCUACUUCGACAAGUAGUCAAAUAGGUGCUAUUGCAUUAACAAGUAAUGAUAGUAAUCUUAUUAUUGAAAAUUAUGAAAAUGAACGUGUUGUAUUGAGUGGUGGUACAUUAUUAGAAUUAAAAUGGUCUGUUCAUGCUAAGACAUUAACUGGUGGAACAAUUAUGAAAGCUCAAAUACCAUCGUCAAUUAAUCUUGAUCAAUUUAAUGAAUUAUAUAUCGAUAAUAAACGAGCAAUCGUUGCUAAAUAUCCAAAUGGUGAUCCAUCAACUCAAGGGCUAUAUUCUCAAGAUCCAGGAUUUUCUUAUAAUUCACAAAGUUGGAUAUCACCGAUUCAUCGUCCAAGUGUAGAAAUUCAUAUACAAGAACCUUAUCGAAAUGGUACCGUAUUCUCUAAUUAUCAACUUGGUGUUGGUGGUGGUGCAUCUGUUUUCAAUCCACCCACGAGCUUCUGGAGUACUACCUCACCACCUCAGGGCAAUAAUUAUGUUGUUCCUCGUGGUCUUGUCGUGAAAAGUGAUGCAUUGCCUCAUAUUCGUAAUUGGAGUGAGCCAACUACUGGGCUUGUCCAUGCGUUUCAUUCUGGCUAUUGGGGUAGCUGGAUAUUCGAGAUAGCAUCGGUUAACACAUCACAAAACACGAUCAUGUUUGGUCGAGGAGGUUUUCAAGAAGCACGUGGUUCUGAUUCUGGAGGUGCAUUCUAUAUUUCUAAUAUUUUCGAAGAACUCGAUUCACCAAAUGAAUGGUUUGUAGAUAGACAUACUCGUACUCUCUAUUUCAUGCCCAAUGAAACAAUGCCCGAUGUGUUUGUGGCUAGUCAAAUUCCAUGUCUCAUCUCCGUAAGCGGAAGUAGCAUGGAAAAUUCUGUUCGAAAUGUGAUAAUUCGUGGUCUGAUAAUGACAGAAACAAGUAGUACUUACAUAAAAGAUUACAUGGUACCAAGUGGUGGUGACUGGUCUGUUCAUCGAGGUGGUACGAUGUAUCUGACAAACACAAAAAAUAUUACCAUUACGCAUAAUUUAUUCACACAAGUGGGUAGUAAUGGCAUUGCUGUGAUAGAUUAUAAUGGUGAAACUCAGAUUACGCUGAAUGAAUUUGUUUGGUUAGGCGAAUCAGGUAUCGUUCUAGUUGGUAGUACGAAUGGAAUUGAUGGUUUUAGUGUGGUUAGUCAGCCUGCAAAUACUCUAAUAGAAUCGAAUUUAAUUCACGAGAGUGGUAUCUAUGUGAAACAAUCAUCACCUGUACUGAUCUCUGUAAGUCGAAGUGUAUCAGUGAUACGAAAUCUAAUGUUUAAUAUACCACGAGCAGCAAUCAAUGUGAAUGAUGGAUUCUAUGGGAAUCAUACAAUUAGUUAUAACGUUAUCUUUAAUACUGUACGCGAAACUAGUGAUCAUGGAACUAUUAAUACUUGGGAUCGACAACCUUUUCUUAGUGAUGCUGUUCAAUCCGAUGUUCCAUCACUUUGGCAACAUACAAGCUAUAUUCAUCAUAAUGUUCUUUACAAUAAUUAUAAUUCUUUUUAUCCUAUCGAUCAUGAUGAUGGUAGUUGUUUCUAUGAAGAUAGUUAUAAUUUUCAAGUAUAUGGUGGAAAGAAAAAUUAUUUAGGUCAUUCAAAAAUGGAUCAUCAUGAAAUUUAUGUAUAUCCUGAUACAAAAUCUAGUCAAGGAACAGGUGUUUGCAUUGCAGAUCAAGCUCCAUCGCGAGGUUCCAGUGGUUGGAAUGAAGUUUGGAUUGAAAAUACUUGUAUACUCUACAAUAGUUCUGUACCAUAUAAUAUUUGGAAUUGCGAUACAGCCAAUCUUUUUGUACCUUAUUUAGCAUCGAAUAGAAUCUACAUUCCAUCCGGUACACAAGUCGCAUUUACAUGCAAUAUCAAUGGUACCAGUGCACAACUUAGUUUAGAUCAAUGGCAAUCAUAUGGAUUGGAUAUUGGUACUACUGUACAAUCUGCACCAAAUAUUGAAACAAUUAUUCAAUGGGGUCGAGAAAUGUUACAAAAUACAAUACGAAACAACUUGUAA